AUGAAGGCCAGCGCGAGGCUGCGCUCCGUGCCCGUGACCCAUAAGAAACAGGUGUCCAUGCAGGCUUUGGUGGCCCAAGGCCCCAUAGAGGGAAUUCCCAGAAGUCCCUGGUGCCUCGGGCGAAGCGCUCUCCGCUGGCGUGUGGGCCUUGAUCAUGUUAUCACCCAUCUGUACUGCGAUGCGCUGACAACAUGCGGAGUGAAGCAGUUCCAGUGUGGGAACGGGAGGUGCGUCACGGUCAGGUGGGUGUGCGAUGGCACGGAUGACUGUGGAGAUGGCACCGACGAACUCCCCGGUACCUGCAUGGCCAAAACAUGCAGACCUACAGAAUUCAGCUGUGGUGACCGCCUUAACCAGUGUGUGCCUAACACUUGGCGCUGUGAUGGGAAAGCCGACUGCGAAACUGGAACAGACGAGGAAAGCUGUGCACCCAAGCGAUGCACAGGCAACGAGUUCAGCUGCGGGAAUGGCCAGUGUGUGUCGACCUCCUUUGUGUGCGACGAUGAGGUGGACUGUGACGAUGGCAGCGAUGAGGUCUCCUGCCCGCCCAUCACGUGCAGCCCCUCCUCCUUCCAGUGCAACAACACGGUGUGCAUCCCCCGCCUUUGGGCCUGCGACGGGGACGCCGAUUGUUCCGACGGCUCCGAUGAGUGGCCCCAAAGCUGUGGUACGAGGAGGCCCCUCCCUGCUGCCUCGCACCCCUGCACAACCCUGGAGUUCCACUGUGGCAGCGGGGAGUGCAUCCACAGCAGCUGGCGGUGUGAUGGAGGGGCUGACUGCUUGGAUCAGUCGGACGAGGCUGACUGCACUCGUACCACCUGUCGUCCCGAUGAGUUUGAGUGUGGGGAUGGCUCCUGCAUCCAUGGCAGCCGCCAGUGCAACCAUCAGCCCGACUGCAGGGACAUGAGUGACGAGAGGGGCUGUGUCAAUGCGACCCACUGCGAAGGCCCCACCCGGUUCAAGUGCCGCAGCGGGGAGUGCAUUAGCAUGGAGAAGGUGUGUAACCAGCACCCUGAUUGCAGGGAUUGGUCGGACGAACCUCUUAGAGAAUGUGGUUCCAAUGAGUGCCUGUACAACAACGGUGGCUGCUCUCAUAUCUGCAAUGACCUGAAGAUUGGCUAUGAAUGCCUAUGUCCUGCUGGAUACUACCUAGCUAACAAUAAACACUGUGAAGAUAUCGACGAGUGUGCCAACCCAGAUACCUGCAGCCAGAUCUGCAUCAACCAGAUGGGGAGCUACAAAUGCGAGUGUGAGGAGGGUUACCAAGUUGACCCAGCUACCAAAGCCUGCAAGGCCAUCGGUACAAUAGCCUACCUGUUCUUCACCAACCGUCAUGAAGUCAGAAAGAUGACUCUGGACAGAAGUGAGUACUCGCGAGUGAUCCCCCGCCUGAAGAACGUUGUGGCUCUGGACAUGAAUAUAGCCACCAAGGAGCUCUACUGGUCAGACAUUUCCCAGAAGAAAAUCUACAGAGCCCCCAUGGACACGGCUGCAGACUCCACCCAACAUAAUGUAGUGAUCGACAGUGACAUCGACGCCCCCGAGGGCAUCGCCUUCGACUGGAUCCAUGAGAAGCUUUACUGGACUGACAGCGUCCGCAGCACCAUCUCGGUAGUAACAGCUGACGGGAGCCGCCGGAAGACUGUGUUUUCUCAUGGCUUGGCCAAGCCCCGUGCUAUUGUCGUCGACCCUCAGAGCAACUUCAUGUAUUGGACUGACUGGGGCACUCCUGCCAAAAUUGAGAAGGGAGGUCUCAAUGGAGGGGACCGCAUGGCUUUGGUCACUGACAAUAUUGUUUGGCCCAACGGAAUUACUCUGGACCUGUUAAACCAGCGGCUGUACUGGGUCGACUCCAAGCUGCACGCCCUCUCCAGUAUCGACGUGCAGGGUGGUGGUCGACGCACCCUCAUCAUAGACGAGCACAAGCUCGCCCACCCGCUGGGACUCACUGUGUUCGAGGAGAGAGUUUUCUGGACAGAUGUCAGUAACAAUGCCAUCCUGAGUGCCAAUAGGGUGACAGGAAGUGACAUCAGACCUUUGGCAGAGCACCUGUCAUCUCCAGAGGAUAUUAUUCUCUAUCACAACCUCAAACAGCCUGCUGGAAGGGACUGGUGCAGAGUUGCUAAUGGCGGCUGUGAGUUUUUGUGUCUGGCAGCGCCCCAAGUGGGCAGUCAUCCUCCAAAAUUCACAUGUGCCUGCCCUGACGGCAUGAUGUUAGCCAGGGAUAUGAGGAGAUGUGUGGCAGCUGUGCCAACACAUGCAACCCCUGUUCAGUCUCAAGUUCCUGCCACCGACCCACCACUAAUACCAGCCGGGACCACACCCAAGCCCCAGGUCCACACCAUCACCAAAGCACCCAUCCUAAUCACCAGCACCAUCACGAAGGCUGUGCCGCGUACUGUCAAACCAGCAGGAGGGGCCACCACAGUCCAGCCAGCGAAUCCCAAGUUCGCCCACACCACUAAAAUGACCCUGACCACCACAAGGGCUCCAGUCACUUCUCAAGGCAUCCAUCAUGAAUUUGCUGCUGCUAUACCCAAUACCCAUACCUGCUGCUAUACCCAUACCUCCACCUCAACUGCUGUGUACAUCGUCUUACCUCUGGUGAUUGUAUGCAUUGCGGCCUUUGUUGCCAUGCUGCUAUGGAGGAACUACAGGUUGAAGAACACCAACACUAUUCAUUUUGACAACCCCGUCUACCAGAAAACCACCGAGGACCAGGUGCACAUAUGCAGGAGCCACAGCCCUGAUGGUUACUCCUACCCACCGAGACAAAUGGUGAGCCUGGACGAGGAGGCGGACAACCCGACCUUCACAGAAAACUGACGAAGAGGUGGGCGGUGAGGAAGAGAGCCUUGACACUACGCUACCUUGGACACCCUUUUUACCUCGCAGCUGCAAACACUUGGAAGGAGGAGCCGGGAGCAGCCUCCUACGAAUCCCCACCACUACAUCAUCGGACCGAUAAGGUGUCAAAGGGAAAAUCGGGGGUGUGAAGAAGAGGGGUUUUUUUUUUUCAUCUUCGUUGCACAAAUGGUUUUUCGUCUGAUUCUGCAGCUGACCAGCAUCAGAUCACUAAACGAUUAAGCUUUGUAUUCCUUGUUUCCGAUACAAAACACACACACACACAUACACACCUCGGUAU